UUUAAUUUUAUACGCCAAUAUCUUAAUUAAUUUAACUUAAAAUGUAUUUUUGCAACUAUCUAUAGUUUACAGUGAGUUAUAUAAGAUAUUUUUUAUAUCAAAAGAACAGAUAUUAUGGAUGGAUGUUUAAAUGGAUUUAUCUCGAAAACUGCUAAUUCUACGUUACUAAAGUAAAUAAGGAUCAUCAAUUUUCUGCGAGAUUUUUUGCUGGUGAGAGAUCCAGAAAGGAUCAUAGUGGAUGGAAUGAGAGAGUGCCCAGAGGCGGUGAUAAGUCGGAUCGACGCUUGAUGGGUCCCCGCACGCUAACUUAUCCGCCCAGACAAUCAGAGUGUCGCUUGGCGGGUCGCCCCGCACCUGAUUGUCCAACGGAAAAGGUGCGUCGUCCCAAAAUAAUUGAUGCUGAUAAAAGAAAAAGAAGAAACGAUGUGAGACGCCUACUCCGAAUCCGGAAAUUCCAAAAGCUCCUAGAAGAAAACGAUGGAAACAUAAAUCCGCAGCUUGUAAAACUGUGGCACCACGUGGCUACUCCACAAGUAGUGGCACUGUCACGGGUCACUGGGAGUGCUUCUGGGAUCUGCUCCGGAGGUAUAUUGCCGUCAAAUUCGAUAGGUUUGCCAGAAGAACCCGAAAAAAUUAACCGUCCCUUUGAUGAACCUCAGCUCGGGAUUCGGGUCUCUCCACCAGCUGUAAUAGAGGAAGAGAUAAGACCAUCUUCGCCACCACCAGAACAGCCAGUUGUGAUGGGAAUAGUUGACCCGUGGCGCGACUAUAGGGGAAAAAAAAACAGGAGAAAACGAAGAAAGACCUUUGUAAGGAAGAUUAAUUUUGCUGAAGCCGAGAUUGUAGCUGGUGGAUCACCAAAGUCAGAUGAGUCGGGAAUUGAUGAGGUCCCAGCGUUUAACGACUUCUUAAUUGAUGGCCCAAUCAAUUCCGAUGAUGAAUUGGUGUUGCAUGAUGAAGGAGUCGACCUCGAGGACGCGGACUUCUAGUCUUCCCUAUGAUCCUCGUUAUUCUUAUUUAUUCACUUAUUAACGCCCUCGGCAAUUUUACAAUAUCAAUUACAAGUGUAAAUUAUUUUUAUUAUUGUGUGUAUUAUUAUUAUUAACACUAAUAAUUAUAUUCGACUAUUAAUAAAUAUAACCUUAUAUAUUA